UAUCGUCUUCUUCCAAAAUUUCUGAGGAAACCAAGUAUCUUGCUCCCACAGAAGAAAACCAACUCUGUUUUCUUAGGAACUCACAAAUCUGAUCUGACGUUGAUUCUGACAAUCUCAACUAACACAUUUUGAUUAGACUUUUGGGAAAUUUGAGAUUGUUUGAGCUGCGUAAAAUGCAUGGAGUUGAAGUCUGAGCUUUCUCACUUUUGAUUGGGAAUAAUUACUGGCAAAAGAUUUUCUAUUUGAUGACAUGUCAAGCUUAUUAGUUCAAGGAGGCUCAGCAAUAAUUGUUCAAAUAUCUGCAAAAUUCAUCAGCAGCUCUGUAAAGUUCCCUACAUGUUUUGUAAAUCAAUUAUGCCACUGGCCACCACUUAUUAGUUAAUGUCUGCCUUCGGUUAUCUUCUUCGCAUUGCUGCCAAAUUUAUAGGGUUCCUUAUUCAUGGAUAUACCUUCAACCCGAGUCUUCCAAAACUUAUCUCUCCUACCCAUUAACCAGUUCCAAACAUCCGAGCAGAAAGACUGGAACUUGAUGAUCAAGCAUCAUACCAAGUCCAAUAAUGACCAGGCAAUUCUCACUACAUACACCCAUAUGGAAUCUCUCGGCAUCUCACCCAAUAAAGCUACUCUACCUCUUGUUCUCAAGGCCUGUGCAAGGCUGAAAGCGGUUGAGAAAGGAAGGAAAGUACAUUUUCGUAUUAGGGGCACGAGUUUGAUUCGUGAUAUUCGAGUUGGGACUGCAAUUGUCGACUUCUAUGGUAAGUGUGGGCUUGUUGAUGAUGCCCGUGAGGUAUUCGACCAGAUGGGUGUGAAAGAUAUUGUCUUGUGGAAUGCUAUGAUAUAUGGGUAUGUGGGUUGUUGUAGUUUCGAGAAGGCGAUUAAGUUAUUUAUGGAGAUGCAAAAGGAGGGUCUAAAACCCAAUUCGCGUACAAUUGUAGGGUUACUUUCGGCUUGUAGGGAGGUUUAUAAGUUGAGAUUGGGGCAGGAGAUACAUGGUUACUGUUUGAGAAACGGGCUGUUUGAUUUGGACGCCCAUGUGGGAACUGCUUUGAUUGGAUUCUACCUUAGAUUCGAUGUUGAAAUUUCGCGUUAUGUGUUUGAUUUAAUGGUAGUGAGAAAUAUAGUAAGUUGGAAUGCAAUAAUAACUGGAUAUCUUGACAUGGAAGAGUACUUGGAAGCUUGUAGUCUUUUUGUACUUUUGCUUGUUGAAGGUUUUGAAUUUGAUUCGAUUACAUUAGUAGCUGUAGUUCAAGCCUCUGCUCAACUAGGUUCACUCAAAUUAGGUGCUCAAAUCCAUCAAAUAGCUAUUAAGUCUGGCUACAAAAAUGAUGUGUUCAUAGUAAAUGCUUUGCUUAACAUGUACAGCGAUUGUGGAAGUUUAGAUUCAUCGUGUAGGUUAUUUGAAAAUGUCUCCAAGCGAGACGUUGCUUUGUGGAAUUCGAUGAUGAAGGCAUACCUCGAAUAUGGCAUUUACGACGAAGCUGUGAGUUUAUUCACUGCUAUGAAAAUGGAAGGCAUCAGAGAAGAUAAGAGAACUAUUGCUAUAUUGUUGUCUUCAUGUUCGAGUUUAGCUGAUGGAACGAGAUUCGGUAAGAGUUUACAUGCUCAUGUGAUCAAAACCAAAAUGGAAAUAGAUACUUCUCUUGGAAAUGCACUCUUAAGUAUGUAUGCUGAAUUAAACUGUGUCAAGGCUGCCCAAAAUGUUUUCAAAGAGAUGAUAGGUCCGGCUGUUGUCUCGUGGAACACUUCAAUUAUGGCAUUGGCUUGCAACAGACUGAGAGGUGAAGCUUGGAAUCUAUUUGAGGCGAUGCGAGCUUUGAAAAUCGAACUCAACUCACACACAAUCAUAUCUAUCAUGGCUGCUUGUGAUGAUGAAAUCUAUCUAAAUAUUGGGAGAGCAAUUCAUGGUUUUGUGAUAAAACUAGGUAUCGAAAUCGACCUAUCAUUGAACACUGCAUUGACAGAUAUGUACAUGAAUUGUGGCGAUGAAGCAACAGCUAUGAAUCUAUUCGAAAGUUAUCCUAAUAAGGAUGUGAUCUCAUGGAAUGCCAUAAUUGCUAGCCUUGUGAAAAACAACCAAGGUGAGAAAGCUCACUUACUUUUCAGUCAUAUGAUAUCAGAAGUUGAACCUAACGAUGUCACGAUUAUAAACAUGCUUUCUUCAUUUACACAUCUUGCGGCUCUCACUCGAGGCCAAUGCUUUCAUGCUUAUGCAACGAGGAGACAGUUCUCUUUCGACAACAAUUUGUCUCUUGCAAAUGCAUUUGUGACAAUGUAUGCAAGAUGUGGUAGUAUGCAAAAUGCUGAGAAAGUCUUCAAAAUUUUACCGAGGAGAAAUAUCGUUACAUGGAAUGCCUUGAUAGCUGGCUAUGCUACGCAUGGUCGUGGACAUGACGCUAUUCAAGCAUUGUUAAAGAUGAUAGAAGAUGGUUUGAGCCCAAAUGCUGCAACUUUCACUGCUGUUCUAUCUGCUUGCAGACAUUGUGGAUUUGUAGAGAAAGGGUUGUUGCUUUUUCAUACAAUGGUUCAUGAUUUCAAGAUAAAUCCCGAGCUUGUUCACUAUGGUUGUGUGGUUGAUCUUCUUUGUCGUGGAGGUCGGUUAAAUGAAGCUAGAGAAUUUAUCGAAUCCAUGCCUAUCGAACCAGAUGCAUCCCUAUGGAGGGCUUUGCUCAGUGCUUGUCGGCUCAAUUCUAACAUAAAGCUAGCUGCAAAUAUCUUUGACAAACUUGUUGAAUUAGAACCCAUGAAUGCUGGAAAUUACAUAUUGUUAUCUAAUAUCUAUGCUGCAGCAGGUCUUUGGCUAGAAGUGAGGAAGAUAAGGUUGUUGCUCCAAGAAAAGGGAUUGAAAAAGUCCCCCGGAUUAAGCUGGAUUGUUGUUCAAAAUCAAGUACACUCUUUCUCGGCUGGCGAUACAUCACAUCCUUUGUCAGAAAAAAUCUAUGCAAAUCUGUGUUCUUUAACAAACUUAAUCAGAGAAAGUGGAUAUACUCCUGAUUUUGGAUGGGUUUUAUAUGAAGAAGAAGAGGAUUAAUUUCAACAAUCUCUAUUUAGGCCUAACUCAAAGGCUUAGCAAAUCAGACUAAUACCUUUCUUGUUGUUAAAGAUUCCACACAUACCGAAUGAUCACUAUGAUCACGGCUUGCUCGAGGAACGAACAAGAAAGUCUCAAAUCCCAUAUCGGGGAAGGCAUCUCUCGAAAAGAGGCGAUCCCAAUGGAAGGAUAUCUUGAUACACUACAUCAUCAGCCUUCCUAAUAAUGGAUGACCCCGCGUAGAUGGUAUGCAAUAAACACGUUUCGCGUAUGGCCAUACGAGGAGGGAAGGGUGAUAAACAAAGUUUCCAAUAAAGUGGAAUGAACAUGAGAAUUCGUGCACCCGCUACUCUGACAUUCCUUUUUUUUAUACUCCUAUAGGCGGCAAAGUUUCGCGUAUAUAUGUCACUUUUUUGAUAUCACUAUCAACAUAAGAUAAUUAUACUCCUAUAGUCUUCAUGUCAGAGUUCAUAGAGAACCUCUAUUGUAACUUGUAAUCUCAGACAAUUGAACGCAGUGACUCGUGGACUAAAGCUAUUUUAAAAUCUC